AUGGAGACAGAAUCUCCUGCGAUACCAAGCCUUGGCACCUCUUUGACCGCAAACGAGGAAGAGUCAACCAUCAUCGCCAUUGACGAUGAGGCCACUGCCCAGGCUGAGGAGGAUGCAGAUGACCGGCUGAACUCGACGUCACAGCUCAUACGGGAAGCUGAUCAAGGUGGCUUUGGCAAUGGCGCUUCUAUAUCUACAUCUCCAGCGGCUUCAUGGGCUGGGUCGCUUGUCGAGCAACCUCCGCUCACGGCUCUGCAGCGUUGGCAACGGCUGUCUCUCGCCCUGUCACUCGCCAAUGCGGACCCGGACCAGAUUGUGUCUCGAUGCAUCGAUCUUUUCUUCAAAUAUCUCUACCCUCUGACACCAUUAGUCCAUGAGCCAGGCCUGCGCAGCGACUUGGACAAGUUUGCCUCGGGGAGCAGCAUCUCAGAGAUCGGUGCAUGGCGAGCCGAUUCAGCUUUUACGCUGAUCACGGCCGUCUGCGCAGAGGCUGUCUUCCUGCUGCCGAGCGACGUGUUCCCUGAGAGUACCGAGGCCGUUGGCCACAUCUUCCUCCGCGCUUCGCGAGAUUGCCUACACAGCUAUCUGGAAGCUGAUCUCGAGUCACCCGACGCCAACUCGCUUGCCAUCCGGUACUUUCACUCCAACUGCAUCCAUGCCACGGGAAAGCCCAAGUACUCGUGGCACAUUUUUGGGGAAGCCACUCGUCUUGCGCAAGCCAUGCAGUUGCACCAAGAGUCUUCUCUGGAAGGCCUCACGCCGGUCGAGGCUGAAUUCCGCCGUAGGGCGUUCUGGAUCGUGUACAUGGGGGACAAGUCAGCUGCGAUCCUCAACAACCGACCCAUCACACUCCACCGCUUCUCCUUUGACGAAGACCUCACGACCGCGUUCCCCAUGGGCCUGGAGCACGAGUCAUGGGAUUUUUCCGCAGUGUCUCCCGAUACGCCGUCUUCGCUGCCUAUGCAGAGCAGUAGUCUCAUCACUGGAUUCAACGCGAACCUCCAACUAUGGCAAGCCGCUUCAGAGCUCCUGCUUGAGCUUCGUCUAUUGCAAGACACGCAGAGGGAUUCGAUGGUCGCGGGCUUGAUGGCGCGCUCGGCGCCCAGUGUCGAGCAGCGACAGCGACUUGACGCGUUACAUGUCCACUUCACCACUUGUCUGGACGAGUUGCCAGCGUACUUGCAGUCGUGCACACUCGCCACAGCCAGCGGACAGAGCCUCAUGCAUACAACUCAGCUUGUGAUCCAAUGCGCGAAUUUGCAAGUGUCCUUUCACUGUCUUCGCAUGGUGAUUACCCAACGCUUCGAAGACAUGUCCUACUACGGCACGAGUCUUGAGCAAGCCGACCUGCGCCGAACGGAAAUUGCCCGGGACAUGUUGCGCGUCAUGCAGGAGGCCCCCUUUUGGAGUCUGCAGGUUAACGGCGAGCCGUACGUCGAGAAGAUUCGCUUGAUAGGCGCCAGCCUGCUCGCCAUUGUGCAUCGAAACCCAGGUUCGCCGCUAGCGACGAGGGCGAGGGCGGACUUUAUGGUGCUGCUCGACACGCUCACCAGGCUUGACAGCAAGGCUUCUGACGCGUUGAGAAGUAACAUGAUGUGA